AUGUCAGCCUUCAUCAAGACAGCAGCAGUCGUGCUGGCCGCGACUACUGUCUCCAUGGUCUCAGCUCAGACCUUCUCCGAGUGCAACCCUCUAUUCAACACGAGUUGCACACCCAACACCGCCCUCGGCACAUGGCACGACUGGAACUUCACAGACUCGGUUAUCCCCGACAACAAAAUCUGGAACACAACUAGUGGUCGUCAACCCGACUACGCUGAUGUCGGCACUCAAUUCACGAUUGGCGGUAAAGGCGACGCCCCGACUCUCGAAUCCAACUUCUAUAUCUUCUUCGGUCAGGUCAGCGUUAUGAUGAAGGCCGCUCCAGGCGUCGGUAUCGUCUCCUCGGUUGUUCUCGAAUCCGAUGACCUCGAUGAGAUUGACUGGGAAUGGCUGGGUGGAAACAAUACCAGUGUAGAAACGAAUUACUUCGGCAAGGGCAACACAACUUCGUACGACCGAGCGAUCUACUACGACGUUGACGACGUCACUGGCACCAUCCACAACUACACCCUUGUCUGGACAAAAGAGCAGUUGCAAUGGAUCGUCGACGACAAGGUGCUGCGCACUCUCAAAUAUGCAGAUGCUCUCAACGGUCAAAACUACCCGCAAACUCCUAUGAAACUCAAGAUUGGUAUCUGGGCUGGAGGUGAUCCAGACUCAAACUCAAAGGGAACAGUCGAGUGGGCUGGCGGUGUUGUCGAUUACCACCAGACUCCCUUCACUAUGCUCAUGGAACGCGUCUACGUCGCCGAUUACAGCUCUGGCAGCACUUACACCUACGGCGACAACACUGGCUCUUGGGAGUCUAUCAAGAUUGCCGAGGGCAACAGCACCAUCGCAGAACGCCUUGCUAGACCUCAUGGUGCAGAGGCACACUACAAAGCUCUUCCCAAGUGGGCACAGGCUGCGAUUGCCGCUGGAUCGAUUGCCGUGUUCGCUAUUGCUUUGGUCGCUUUCGUCUUCUGCUGCAUCAAGUCACGACGCGCUGGUCGCCGUGAGCGUGCGGCAGCUGAUGCCCAGUGGGAGAAGGAUUUGGCAGAGUUGGCUGAAUACAAGCGCAACUCGCCUCAUGGUCCUUAUGGUGCUGGCAAGGAACAUUACUAG